AAUUCACCAUUCUCGUCUGUGACCUUCCAAUAUAAAAGGCCACAAUCACAAUUAGUGAUUUCUUCUUCCCUCCUCCUUCCCCAAUCUAACAGAGUUGGUUUCAUGAGAUCCAAGGUUUCUUAGGUUUUCAUCGCUUUUCUUUCCUUUCUUCGUGGGAGAAAGAUCGCUGUUUCUCUUAACGAGUCUUUAGUCUUUUACCAUAUACAUUCUGGAUUUGGAGAGGCGUGCAUCUCUUCUACAUGUUUGGGAGUGGAUUUUCCUAGUUGACAGUGCGUUCUUUACACUCUGGCCGCUGCAGCAAAAUCGUAUUCUUCUCGCACCUCUAAGUGGGUGUGGGGUAGUUAUGAAAGGGUGAUUAUAUUAUGUGUGCUAAGGAGAUCAAAAUCAUCACACAUUUGGAGAAUGUGCCGUGUUUCAGAGGGUCUGUCGCUCGACUAUGGCUAAGAUUCAGAAAGUUUGACGGAGCUCCUAAAUUCUGAUAGGUAGUAAUUGUACCCAGAAAAUCUGUGUAAUUUUGGACUUGGUUAAGAUGUGCCCAGUAGUUAUUCAUAAAUAAGUACACAAUAGUGAAAAUAGUGUGUGUAUGAAGUUAUGGUCUAUGUUUCACAAUGGUUAGGUUCUCAUGCUUCCAUGCUUACAUCAUUCGCCAUAAAUCAAAGAAAACUGCUCAACUGUCUGCUGGAGCGAUAGAUAGACCAUCUCAGGAUCAAGCUCUGAAGGUUCCCAGUAUACCUUCUAAUUUGAAUCCCGUUCUCUUGAAACCUUACGAGGAUACCCCUUCCAACACCAGUGCCAAGCAGCUUAAGAAUUCCUCUUUUGUCGAGUGUUGCUCAAAAUCCAAGGAAAUGAAUAGUAGUUUCAGUACUGAGGGUGAUAUUAAAGUUCAUCAGAUGGUGCACCUUAAAAAGAGUCUGUCUCUGGAAAGUGGAUUGGACAGAGAACGAAAAGACUUUUCCAGGGUUGGUGCUGAGGAUGAGAUAUAUCUGGUAUCUACAGGCGAUGAUUCCCAUGAAAUGAACUCUAGUUCAAUAUUUGAUAUUCUUGACCAUGGUGUGCAAAUGAAAGAAUCAUUUGACGAGAAGAGCCCAGGAAUCAACUUGCUUAAUCAAUGUCAUGAAGAUCUUAUCACUGAAUCUUUUCGAGUGAAUUGUGUUUCAGUACAUAGUGACAGCAUUUUCUCAAUUGGAGAUCCAAAGCAGCUUGAAAGAGGAAAUGAAGAUUUUGUUAUCCAGUUAUCUGGUGAGCAUGGCACGGACUCUGGACUCAGUACAUCACCUACUCCACCCAUUAUUGCAAAAGCACAUUCAUUGCCUGACCUGGGAGUUUGUACACCUCACUCGGGAGAAGGUUCCUCUUCCCCAGUAUAUAUGGGACCCAACUGCAGAUAUUCUGGUACUUUUUAUGCUCAAAAUGCCAAGAGGGAAGAGUUUGUAAAUCAUGAAGUUAGAUCUUCUGCACUGGCACAGAAAAGGGAUAACAGCUUAUCUGAGAAUGAAAAAGAUAAAUGUGAGAAUAUUUUUGGUUAUGGAUACAAUUCUUUUGGCUUCAUAGGUCCAGAAAAAAACUGGAUAGCUGAGGGAAGGGAUGGAGUAGCCAUGGCGAAAAAGCUUCAGGGAGAACCCUCUGUCCAAAAGUGGAGUGAGUUGCCUAGUAAGGAUUUCAAGAUCAAGCGUAUUGAGGAGUGGGUUAGCAUGAUUAAUCUUCUGGAUAACAGUCCUUUAGAGGAAACAAGUGAACCUGCCCAUUCUACGAAUGAGAUAAAGAAAUCCUCUGCAGCUUUGGAUCCUAAAAACGCUACUCCAGGUUUAGAGGCGGCAAAGAGCUACAUCUCAUCUUUGACUGCCACGUCCACAUCAGCUCAGCUGACAAAUCUUGGGUUGGUUGUGGUCCCAUUUCUUAGUGCUUUUGUUAGCCUAAGGGUGCUUAAUUUAUCAGGAAAUGCUAUAGCGAGGAUAACUGCCGGUGCUCUUCCACGUGGCCUCCAUGUGUUAAAUCUGUCAAAAAACAAUAUUUCCAUCAUUGAAGGCCUUCGUGAACUUACACGCUUGCGUAUACUGGACCUGAGCUACAAUCGAAUAUUCAGACUCGGUCAUGGACUGGCUUAUUGUUCAUCUGUUAAGGAGUUAUAUCUAGCUGGCAACAAAAUCAGCGAAGUGGAAGGUCUACAUCGUCUCCUCAAACUGAACAUCCUGGAUUUGCGCUUCAACAAAAUAUCAACAGCCAAAAGCCUUGGCCAACUCGCAGCCAACUACAGUUCCUUACAAGCCAUUAGCUUGGAAGGCAAUCCGGCACAGAGAAAUGUUGGGGAUGAACAACUAAAGAAAUAUCUACAAGGUCUUCUGCCCAAUCUGGUUUACUUGAAUAGGCACCCUAUCAAAGCUAACUCUUCAAAGGAGGUUGCUGACCGUCCAGCUCGAUCAGCGCUCAAUGUGCAUAAAUUUGAUGGUGGCCUAAGAUCAGAACUUAAGCUGACCCGGAAGGGAAGCCUUAAUGUAGCAUACCACAAACCAUCAUCUUCAUCCAGCCACACCCGUACAAGCAGAGGCACAGGCUCGGUAAAUCGGUCUAAGAGUCGGCAAGGGCACGUCCCACCAAUCGGAACUAAAGGGACUACCGAACCUCAUCACCAUUAUCUUGACCUUAGUAUGAAGUUGAAAAACCUGCGCUCAGGGCUCUCUAUGCACAGGAGUCAAAGUGCGGGAGAUCUGGGAGCUCCAUGAUCAGAUCUCCAGUUUUUAUCCAUUAGUUUGUUUUUGUAAGAUUUAAUUUACUUUUGAGAUAUUGGAUUACUGGAAACUUUAGGGGAAAAAAGGAUUACUAGAAACUUGAAUACCUGAUUGUUUGCAACACAAUAUUAAAUUGGUUUGCAGCUUAUUUUUAUCGUA